AGACAGAGGUUUGUAGCUGCAGCUGCAGGCAAGCCUGGCCACUGUUGGCUGCAGCAGGACAUCCCAGGCACAGCCACUGGGGCUCUGAGCAGACACCCCUCGCCAUUGCCACAUCUUCAGAGGCUCUCCCAGCUAGCCAUGCUGCAGGGCAACCUCCUCCUUGUGGUUGCCACCAUGUCUGUGGCUCAACAGACAAGGCAGGAGGCCGAUAGGGGCUGCGAGACACUUGUAGUCCAGCACGGCCACUGUAGCUACACCUUCUUGCUGCCCAAGUCUGAGCCCUGCCCUCCAGGGCCUGAGGUCUCCAGGGACUCCAACACCAUCCAGAGAGAAUCACUGGCCAACCCACUGCACCUGGGGAAGUUGCCCACCCAACAGGUGAAACAGCUGGAGCAGGCACUGCAGAACAACACGCAGUGGCUGAAGAAGCUAGACAGGGCCAUCAAGACGAUCUUGAGGUUGAAGCUGGUGCAGGUCCAGCAGCAAAUGGCCCAGAAUCAGACGGCCCCCAUGCUAGAGUUGGGCACCAGCCUCCUGAACCAGACCACUGCCCAGACCCGCAAGCUGACCGACAUGGAGGCUCAGCUCCUGAACCAGACAUCAAGAAUGGAUGCCCAGAUGCCGGAGACCUUUCUGUCCACCAACAAGCUGGAGAACCAGCUGCUGCUACAGAGGCAGAAGCUCCAGCAGCUUCAGGGCCAAAACAGCGCGCUCGAGAAGCGGUUGCAGGCCCUGGAGACCAAGCAGCAGGAGGAGCUGGCCAGCAUCCUCAGCAAGAAGGCGAAGCUGCUGAACACGCUGAGCCGCCAGAGCGCCGCCCUCACCAACAUCGAGCGCGGCCUGCGUGGGAUCAGGCACAACUCCAGCCUCCUGCAGGACCAGCAGCACAGCCUGCGCCAGCUGCUGGUGUUGUUGCGGGACAUGGUGCAAGAAAGGGCUAACGCUUCGGCCCCGGCCUUCAUAAUGGCAGGUGAGCAGGUGUUCCAGGACUGUGCAGAGAUCCAGCGCUCUGGGGCCAGUGCCAGUGGUGUCUACACCAUCCAGGUGUCCAAUGCAACGAAGCCCAGGAAGGUGUUCUGUGACCUGCAGAGCAGUGGAGGCAGGUGGACCGUCAUCCAGCGCCGUGAGAAUGGCACUGUGAAUUUCCAGCGGAACUGGAAGGAUUAUAAACAGGGCUUCGGAGACCCAGCUGGGGAGCACUGGCUGGGCAAUGAAGUGGUGCACCAGCUCACCAGAAGGGCAGCCUACUCUCUGCGUGUGGAGCUGCAAGACUGGGAAGGCCAUGAAGCCUAUGCCCAGUAUGAACAUUUCCACCUGGGCAGUGAGAACCAGCUAUACAGGCUUUCUGUGGUUGGGUACAGCGGCUCAGCAGGGCGCCAGAGCAGCCUGGUCCUGCAGAACACCAGCUUUAGCACCCUUGACUCAGACAACGACCACUGUCUCUGCAAGUGUGCCCAGGUGAUGUCUGGAGGGUGGUGGUUUGACGCCUGUGGCCUGUCAAACCUCAACGGCAUCUACUACCAUGCUCCCGACAACAAGCACAAGAUGGACGGCAUCCGCUGGCACUACUUCAAGGGCCCCAGCUACUCGCUGCGUGCCUCUCGCAUGAUGAUACGGCCUUUGGACAUCUAACGAGCAGCUGUGCCAGAGGCUGGACCACACAGGAGAAGCUCGGACUUGGCACUCCUGGACAACCUGGACCCAGAUGCAAGACACUGUGCCACCGCCUUCCCUGACACCCUGGGCUUCCUGAGCCAGCCCUCCUUGCCCCAGAAGUCCAGAAACGUCAUCUGCCCCCCUACUCCCCUCCGUCUGUGACAUGGAGGGUGUUCGGGGCCCAUCCCUCUGAUGUAGUCCUCGCCCCUCUUCUCUCCCUCCCCCUUCAGGGGCUCCCUGCCUGAGGGUCACAGUACCUUGGAUGGGCUGAGAAUAGACCAAACUUGUCUCCCAUGACCAAUGGUGGGGUUGCAGGCAGGUGGGAAGGUAUUUGCACAUCGGAAGCUGCCCAGAUGGCCCAGGUUCUAUCCCUUGGGUUGGUGAGAAGGCCAUCUCCCAUUCCAAGCUCCUGUUCCAAGUUUUCUGAGUCUUGAGAUGUCCUUGAACUUUCUUUUCAAGUCUGAAGGGGCUGCAUCCACCCCUUAAUGGGUGGGUUAAUCAUUAUUUCCCCUUCACACUUCCCCACUUCUAGGCUCCAAUGACCCUAGAUCUCAGGGUCUUUAGACUUCACCACUUCUAGGCUCCAGUGUUUGGAGCUCAGGGUCUUUAGGAGACCCAAAAGGACAUGCUCCUUCACCUCCAGCGUAUCCUAGAGGAUGUGUUACAGGGAAUAACUAUAGCUUGUCUCUAAAAGUACCUAUGAGCAAUGAGAAAGGGAAACAGCAGGUUAAGUCAAAGUGAACAGGCACACUUCACUGCAGGACUGAUCAGAGCCUUUAAUAUGGCUAAGUGCCUUGUGACUACCCAUGAAGGGGCUAGAGUGGGCAGCUUUCUCCAAAUUUACUUAUUUGAAAAUGGGCUCGUUUUGUCCCAGAGCAUCUCACAGGACUGUAGAUGGUCUUGGACAAAGCUAGUGCUCCCCUGGCAUAAGGAGGAGCCCCACGGCCCCAUCCCCACCCCAGCUAUACUCACCCCUUUUGGCUACAAGGACCACAGUGACAGCCUCAAACAACCUCUAAAAACAACUGGAAAUAACCUUUCAGUUAAAACAGAUACCAUCCCUGAAGAAGGGUCUAGAACUAAGUCCCUGUCUGUGUUAUAGGCUCAUGUCCUCCAAGGCUCCUUGAAGUCCCAGGAAGCUGAUCUCUACCUGGGUGGCUUCCCUCAGGACUCCCUGUAACCUCAACUCCCCCAGGCUCAAUUACAGGGACUGUUGGGCAGGACAUCUGUCUCCAAGUCCAGAUCCUCUCUGCCUCCAAGCCAAAACCCCUAGCCUCCCUCCCUUCCCCAUCCAGCAGUGAUGGGGCCUCUGUGGUGGUAGGCGGGGAGCUGCAGGGGAGGAGACCAGGCCUCUGCCUGAGUUUGGGAGACCAGGGCCCUCAUAGCUUCUUUCAGAGGAUGGAGUCAGAAAGGAUCCACAGCCACUCUGUCACCUGCCCCCAUCACUGUAUCAUGCUCUCUGCCCUGUUGUCAUCAGCCAACACCCAGCCAUAACCAGGAGCCCACCUGCCCUACCUCUCUCCUCAGAAGGUUUUCUCCUGGAUGAGACUGAGCCAAUGGGAAUGGGACACCUUCAUCCCCCUGGCUCUGCCCCAGCCUUCAGUCCCACUCUCAGCUGAUCCCUGAGUAAACCUAGCACAGACUUUGAUCUCAUUCCUGGGAAACAGCACUUUUCCCCUUCAAGACCCAAAGGACAUGGUUGCUAAUGGUUGCAUUUCAGGCAUGAUGGGAAAUCUUUAGGGGCAGAUUGCUGCCCAGAGAGCUCAAAUUGCCUUAGGCAGCAUUUGCCCAGCAGACCUUUAUUUAGCCUCUACUGUGUGCAGUGUGGUGUGGUGGGCAGGGCUUUGGAGUUGGACAAACCUGCUCCAGCUCUGACACUUUGGUCCAGUGGCUCAGCCUCUCAAGGCACCAGUUAUCUUCUCAAUCAUCAAAGCCUCAGUUGUCCCAUCUGUAAAAUGGAGAUGAUAAUAUUCCUUCCUGGCUGGGCUGUGGCAAGGAGGAAAUGAGACCAUGUAUGUCAUCUUCUUAAUAGAGCCUGGCAUGAAGCAGGUGCCUAAUAAAUGUUUGUCUUCAAAGAGGUGAAUGGGGUGAGGAAGGCAUUCCCCAGCACAUGCCACCCCUUCUCCUGCAGUCAGGUGAGGAAAAGGCAUUUUAUUUUUGUAUCUACAUCAUUUAUUUUUCUAUUGUAGUUUCUAGGCUGACUUCAAGCUAGAGAGGAGACAGGGCAAAGCUGUGAGGCCCAGGGACAGAACUCCUCUGGGUGGGAUGAAGGCCCAAGUCCCUCUCUGUACUCCCAUUUUAUAAGGGGGCAGGAAGCUGAUUUGAGUCACCCUCAGACAUCUGUUCUUUAUGUCAUUUUAUUUUAUUUUUUUGAGACAGAGUCUCACUCUCUCACCCAGGCUGAAGUGCAGUGGCAUGAUCUCGGAUCACUGCAAUCUCUGCCUCCCAGUUCAAGUGAUUCUCCUAUCUCAGCCUCCUGAGUAACUGGGAUUAAAGAUGCCUACCACCACACCUGGCAAACUUUUGCAUUUUUAGUAGAAACGGGUUUUCACCAUGUUGGCCAGGCUGGUCUCAAACUCCUGGCCUCAUGUGAUCCACCUGCCUCAGCCUCCCAAAGUGCUGGGAUUACAGGCGUGAGCCACCAUACCCAGCCUCAGACACCUGUUCUUAAAUAUUCAUCCUUCUUUCUUAUUUUCCUUCCUCUUCCAUGCCAGGACUCAGGUAUAAGGGAUAGAAAUUCUAGCCCUAAGGAAUAAAUUGACUCACGUAACUGGGAAGUCUAAGGGUAAAGGCAAGUGAGGUUAGAUCCAGAGGCUCAAAUGAUGUCAGCUCCACCUCUCAGCCCCUCCAUCUGCCCCGUUGACUUCAUUCUCAGCCAGGAUCUUUCCUCACAAGAAGGCUCUGGCAGCCCCAGGCUCAUGUCCUCCCAGCUCAGCAUCCCUGACCCGGGGAGCUCCCCUGUCUCCAUGAUUCCAGUAAAGGAAUGAUUUUCUGCAGCCA